AUGCAAUUUACUGUCUUCUUUCUCUUAUUCCUCCACUCAGUUUGGGGAGUUAAGGACUACCUAUAUAAAUCGUGUGACAACUCGGGAUUCUGUUACAGAAACAGGCACUUCGCAAACCAGAUCAAAUCCAAAGAUGACUACGAGUCUAGAUAUUCCCUUGAUAUUGACACUUUGAGUGUAAGCGCAGGUCAAUUGAGUGCUAUUAUAGUCAAGGAGUUACCAAAUAAUUUACCUGCAGUGGAAUUGCCAUUGUCUAUUACAAUAUUAGAUGGGGGUAGCAUUCACGUCAAGAUUGAUGAGAAGAGAGAUAAGAAGAGCUUCUCAGGAAAGAUUGUAAACUUCAACAGAUAUGACGAAGCUUCCAAGUGGGCAUUCCAGUCAAAGACAUUGAGCUCUUCAAACUCUAGUGCCGUAAUUGAAGCUAAAUCUGAGAAUGGUGACGCUUUCUAUGAGUAUUCGUUUAGUGAUUACCUGUUCAAGUUUGAACUUGAUCCCUUCAAGAUCAUUGUUGCACGCCAGAAUGAAAUCCAAUUGAUUGUAAACGACCAAAACCUAUUAAAUAUUGAACACUUUAGAGCAAAAUCUGAAAAUAAGAAUCAUUUAACUCCGGAAGAAUCUGAUUUUGACCUGUUUUCAGAUUCGUUUGCUGAUGCUAAGGAUGAUACAAUUCCAAUUGGACCAGAAUCAAUUGCAUUGGAUUUCACAUUUAACAAUUAUAAAUAUGUUUACGGUAUUCCAGAGCACGCUGAUUCUUUGGUAUUGAAAGACACUACCUCGUCAGACCGUCCAUAUAGACUUUACAAUGUCGACAUAUUUGAGUAUGAGACUGACUCUAGAAUGCCAAUGUACGGAGCGAUCCCAUUCUUGUUGGCACUGAGGCCCGGAUCUUCACUUGGGUUGUUUUGGGUUAACAGUGCAGAUACCUUUAUUGAUAUUGAUAAAACGAGUGACGUCGGAUCGACCAAAACUCAUUGGAUCUCUGAAAAUGGGAUUUUAGAGUUUAUAAUCAUGGUUGGCUCUACGGCUAAUGAGAUCAACAAGAAAUAUGGUGAGAUAACUGGGUAUACUCAACUCCCACAGUUAGCGUCUUUAGGAUACCAUCAAUGUCGUUGGAAUUACAACGACGAAAAGGAUGUCUUAUCUAUCAAUAGCUUGAUGGACGAACACCGUAUUCCGUACGAUUACCUUUGGUUGGACAUUGAGUAUACCGACUCGAAGAAAUAUUUCACUUGGAAUAAAGAUACUUUCCCUAACCCCGAAAGAAUGCUUAAAGAGUUGGAUCAUACUGAUAGAAAUUUAGUUAUCAUUAUCGAUCCACACUUGAAGACUGACUACUUUAUUAGUAAUGAGGCAAUCAAUAAAAAACUUACAAUCAAUACUUUUGAAAAUAAACCAUACUACGGACAUUGCUGGCCGGGAGAAUCUGUAUGGAUUGAUACAUUAAACCCUCUGUCUCAGCAAUUUUGGGAUAAGCAGUUUGAAUAUUCCAAAAGGAAUGAAUUCAUGGGGAGGUUAUCUACAAACCUUCAAAUCUGGAACGAUAUGAAUGAACCAUCAGACUUUAAUGGACCAGAAACAUCCUCACCAAGGGAUUCUUUACACUAUGAUUUAUGGGAACAUAGAUCAAUCCAUAACGUGUACGGUUUGUCAUACCACGAAGCUACUUACCACGCAAUGAUCAAAAGAUUAGAGACCACAAAAAGACAAAGACCAUUCGUAUUAACUAGAUCUUACUUUGCAGGUUCCCAAAGGACUGCUGCAAUGUGGACCGGUGAUAAUAUGUCUAAGUGGGAAUAUUUGAAGAUAUCUCUUCCAAUGAUUAUAACUUCUGGAAUUCUGGGUAUGCCUUUCGCUGGAGCAGAUGUGGGAGGGUUCUUUGGUAACCCAUCGAAGGAAUUAUUGACAAGGUGGUAUCAGACUGGUAUUUGGUAUCCAUUUUUCAGAGCACACGCACACAUUGAUUCUAGAAGGAGAGAACCUUGGGUGCCAGGUGAACCUUACACUUCAAUUAUCCGUGAAUCAAUCCAAUUGAGAUACUCAUUAUUACCAGUAUUUUAUACUGCUUUCUACCAUUCCAGUAUUGAAGGAACUCCUGUGAUCAAACCUGUUUUCUACGAAUCUCCUGAGCACUUAGAAAAUUACGAUGUAGAGGACCAGUUCUUUAUUGGAAAUUCAGGUGUCAUGGUUAAACCUGUCACGGAAGAAAAUGCUGCACUGAUUGAGGUAUUGAUUCCAGACCUGGAAUUGUAUUAUUCAUUUGACAAUGGUAAUGCUUUGCCUAAUGCAACUACAGUGUCAGGUCCAACGUCUGUCACCAAGUCUGUUGAUUUACAUACUAUUCCUGUAUUCUUGAAAGGUGGCUCAAUAAUAGCUACAAAAUCCAGACAUCGUAGGUCCUCAAAAUUAAUGUUCCAUGACCCAUUUACCUUGACCAUUGCUUUAGACAAAAAUGGUAACGCCAAGGGUAAGUUGUACGUAGACGACGGAGAAUCAUUUGAUUUUGAAAAUUCAGGCGAAUAUUUAGAUAUAGAAUUUGAAUUAAGCAAUGAUUCGAGGAGUAUUACGAGUCGUGUCAUUUCAUCUCCAAAUAAUCUUGCCAAAGAGUUAGUAGAUGUCGUUUUUGAGAAAAUUGUCAUUCUUAGUGAUGGCUAUUUGCAAGAUUAUGAAAGUGCAAGUGUUGAACAAAACAACGAAAAGAAGGCCAUAUCAGUUACGACCGAAGGCAAGUUAAUAACCUUGGCAAAUUCUAAAAUAUCCAUCAUCUCGGAUUGGGUAAUUAAAUUUGGAGAAGAAGAUAUAGUAGAAGAUAUAAAAUUCGAUCAAGUGAAUGAAGAAAAUGGUUUGCACGACGAAUUAUGA